ACUUUGUGUGCAUAAAAAAUAAAGGGGUUUAGUUAUUUGAAUUGAGGUAUCUGUUUCCAUAUAUCGAAGUGGUAAAAUUAUGAAAUGACAUGUCUAUUUUUUGGAUAUGUGUAGUUGGGUUUUCUGUGGCAAGCUGUUUUCCUAUCGAUAUUUUAAAUAACUCAACGCAGAAUGGGUUGGAUUAUGUUCGAAAACUUGGAGUUCCUUUUAUUGAAAAAGAGUUGCUUUCGCUUUCAAUUCCAGAUGUGAAAGGAACAGCUAAAACACCAGUAGGCAGCAUAUCAUACGAAAUUACGAGUAUCGCAAUUAAAAAUGUUUUAAUACCAAAGUCAAAUUUAACUGUAAGUGCAGAAUCUGGUUUGACCGUCCAGUGUGAAAAUGCCGAACUUGACGUAAAUUCCAAUUGGAAAUACAAAGAAGAUAAUUGGCCACACAUCAAAGAUAGUGGUACUGUUACUUUAACAAUGAAAAAUAUUAACCUUGAUGUUUCUUUGGAUUUAGAUUCGCAAAAUGAAACUCAUCCAAAAAUAGAAGUUCGAAAAUGUUCAUUGAAAAUUAAUGAUGUUAACCUCAAGUUCAACGGUGGGGCAAGUUGGUUGUACAACUUAUUUGCAGACAUAAUAGCUAAUGAAGUAAAGAGCAGUAUUUCUGAUGAAAUUUGUCGAAUUAUCUCUAAAAUGGUCGACGAUGAAGGAAACAAAAUUUUAAACAACAUUCCUGAAAUUGUUAGCGCAAUUAAAACACAGAUCUCAAUGAUAGAAAGUCAUAAAUCGCGUUCCUGACAUUUUUGAAAACUUAUUGCGUGUUCUUUCACGUUUAUAGCUUUUAAUUUAUACAGCAUCUAUAAUCUAAAACA